AUGCAAGAACUCAACCAGUCCUCCGUGACAGAAUUCAUUCUAUUGGGUUUUGCUCCCAACCCUAGGACCAACCCUCUGCUCUUCACCUUCUUUCUCACCUUUUACCUGCUAAUCCUCAUAAGCAACAGCCUCCUCAUCACCCUUAUUCACCAGGAUUCUCGCCUCCACACACCCAUGUACUUUUUCAUCAGUGUCCUCUCCACGCUGGACAUGUGCUACACAACCACUACCGUGCCCCAGAUGCUUGUGCAUAUUCUCAGUGAGAAGAGGACCAUCUCUUUUGCUAGAUGUGUGGCCCAGAUGUACAUCUUCCUCCUCUUUGGGGUCACUGAGUCCUGGCUUUUCUCUAUCAUGUCUGUGGACAGGUACGUGGCCAUCUGCCAUCCUCUCCGGUAUAAGAUCAUCAUGAGCCAUUGGAUGUGCCUCCUCAUGGUGGGCAUCUGUGCAGCCUAUGGUGUGAUGGGUGGCCUGUGCUAUACCUUCUUUGCUAUGAAUCUGCCCUACUGUGGCCCUAAUGAAAUUGACCACUACUUCUGUGAGGUCCCUGCUGUCCUAAAGCUGGCCUGUGCAGACACAUCCCUCAAUGACUUGGUGGACUUCAUCACGGGCUUCAAUGUCAUUGUGGUCCCACUGUCCCUGGUUGUCAUAGUCUAUGCCAACAUCUUUGCUACCAUCAUGAAGAUCUGCUCAGCCCAGGGACGGGUCAAAGCCUUCUCCACCUGUGCCUCCCACAUCACUGUGGUCACCAUGUUCGCCAUUCCAUGCAUCAUUAUGUACAUGAGCCCUGGCUCUGACUCUUUGUCAAACAAUGGCAAGAAAAUGGCCCUUUUUUAUAACAUUGCCACAGCCUUCCUCAACCCUGUCAUCUACAGUCUGAGGAACAAGGACGUGAAAAAGGCUUUCCUCAAAUUGAUGGGACGGAGCAGGGCCCCACAGUGA